UCGCCAUUUUGUCAGGACGCUGUUCCCUUCGGCGUACGUAAAAAAGUGUCAGUUGUGAUCCCAGGGCAUCACUUUCAAUCGGUUUUUAGUAUUUCAAGUGCUUCGCAACAUUCACGAAUCAAUUAGUUGAGAAUUUACUAGUCGAAGAGCUUGUGAAAGUACGAGACAAUGAACAAAACUGACGAUUCUCUACAGAAUGACGAUCGGGACCGAAGUCGCGAGCGCGAUCGCUCUCGUCGAACAGAUCGUCAGUCUCGUUUGAAUUCAGCAUCUCGUGAUCGCAGUCGCGAAAGAAACGAUCGAGGUCGUCGUAUCUCCGAGCGACGGAUAUACGUAUCAAACAUCCCGUACGACUUCAGGUGGCAAGAUCUGAAGGAUCUCUUCAGGACAGAAGUGGGCAAAGUUGCCCAUGUGGAGCUGUUUUCUGACGAGGGUGAAAAACCCAGAGGUUGUGGAAUCGUUGAGUUCGAGGACUCUGAUUCAGUUAAAAUAGCCGUUGAGAAAAUGCAUAGAUUCGAUAUCAAAGGUCGUAAACUAGUCGUCAAGGAGGAUUACGAUGCUGAGAGGGACAAGUACGGACGUCUCCAGUCCUCCAGAGAUCACGACAGACAGAGAGAGGAUCGUUUCAGAGAUAGUGCUCGCCAGAGUACAAGGCAAACUCUAUCAUCAAGCAGUGGAGGAGGUGGUGGUAGUUCUAUUGGAAAUGACACGAAAUUCGGUAACACUUACGGUCUGAGCACUCAGUUUCUCGAGUCCCUGGGCAUCAAUGGUCCCCUAGUGACUCGUGUUUUCGUGGCGAAUCUCGAUUACAAAGUCGACGAGAAGAAGCUGUUGGAGGUAUUCAAACUCGCUGGGAAGGUCAUCAACGUUGAGUUGGGGAAGGACAAGGAUGGAAAAUCGAGGGGAUUUGGAGUUGUGGAGUACGAUCACCCGGUGGAGUCUGUUCAGGCGAUCUCGAUGCUCCAUAAUCAGCAGUUGUUUGACAGAAGGAUGACUGUGCGAAUGGAUCGUGCUAAUGAUCCUGAUCUGCCACCGAAGCUACCAGAGGGCUUGAAGGGAAUUGGAAUGGGUUUGGGUGCUGGGGGCAACAGACUUACUGAUGUCGCGAGAAAUAUUCCCAAUGUUCAGACUAAUGCAACACCCGUUGUCAAUCCCAUCUCUGCACCUGUGCUGGCUACUAGUGCUUUCAGUGCCGGACUCAAUAAUGUUGUACCCGCCCAGCUGGGUGAGUUCGCUUCAGCCCUCUCCAACUCCAACGCUGCAGCCCUUCAGGCGAGUCUCGCUGGUGGCCUAGGUGCUAAUUUGACGACAAAUUCACUGUUGAACCCAUCAUUGACGUCAGAGUUAGCAUCAAAUCUGAAUAGCUUCAGCAACAGUGUCGGUGGAUUGUCGAGUCUGCAGGCUUCUCUAGCAAACAGUCAGGCAGCCAAUUCAUUCGCUCCACGAGGAAUGGGCAAACUCGACUCUGACGUUUCAUUCGGUGGCAGCAAUGCCUUUGGAGGCUCCAACUAUGGCAGCAGAAAUGACUUUGAUGCUUUUGCUCGAAAUGAGGCUGACCGAAUUUCAGGGAAUAGCGGUGUUUUCACUGGCAAUCAAAGUAGUGCUGGCAGUGGACAGAGACAGAAUACCAAUGGAUCAAGACCAAUGUCUGAUACUAUUCUCAUUGGGAAUCUUCCACCAAACACCACUUGGCAAAUGCUCAGAGACAAAUUCCAGGAUAUUGGAGAAGUUAAAUUCGCUGAGAUGAGAGGAAAUGACUUGGGGAUGAUCAGAUUUGCAUCAGAGUGGGAUGCUGAGAGAGCAGUGUCCAUGAUGAACCGGUCCCGCAUCGAUGGCAGAACGAUCGAGGUUCGCCUGUACUAAAGCUCAGAAAUCAAGGUAAAGAAAACAGUCUCUCGCAAAAAAAAAAAACAAAAGAGCAAUUCCAGAUUCUUAUGACACAUAAUCUCAUUGAUCCCCUCGGGAGGCUUGUCCGCUGGAUUCAGAGCUCUUGACGGAAUUCCAAGAAGAUAAUGCUGUUCUUUUUCUCCUCGACGAUGUUUUACCAUGGGGUUUGACGUUCCAAACGAGAUAAUGACAAAAAAACGUAUUUCCUGGCCUCGAGAAUAAUUCGCAACGUUUUUGGGCACCCACAAGUGGAUGAUAAUUCAUUCUGACGAUGAAUUCUUCGAUUCAAGACGAUUUAAAGUCGAUUUUUCCGGGGGAGAAGACACGAUCAAUCCCAUGAUAAUAUCUCCAAGCGUAUACAUUUAUUUUUCAUUCAUUUAUUUCGUGUUCCAGAGUGGAUAUUUGAUAUUAUUGCUGAUCCCACAGGAAAGUUAGGGCUUCGUAAUCUGUUCGUUAUUACUCAAAUUGUAACGUAGGACAUUUGUAUCUAGGAACUAUCUUUAGUUUUAAGGUUUAAUGGACAUUUGCAGGUGAAUGGAACAGCUUGGGAGUUCAGUUGUGGAGUUGAGGGAAUUGAGUCAAUUCACUCGAUAAUAUAUAUAUUUUUUCUUUUUGUUAUUUGGAAAUAGUUUGGAAACUGAGGGAGAUGGCGAAAUUUUUGUUCCCGCGAAAAUUUUGCUGUCUCUGGUAAUUUGAAAGAUAUUCGCUAAGAGGAAAAAUUCAAAUUGACUAUUUUUAUUUCCACAUUCACUACUGACUUCAACCGAUCAUAAUCAAUAAUUAUUGAUGAUUAUUGAUGAUUCCUGUAAGGAUUCUGACGAGUGUUUCUCAAUACUCAAUAUCAAAGUGGAGAUAGUUUUAUUGAAAUAAUCAAGCAGCAGUUUGUUCUACAAUAAUACCAAAUCGUAGAUUAGAUUCGAUGGUAAUUCUUCUCAUUCACAAACAGCUGAUGAAAAAAUCGAGAUUCAGCUUUAGGUCAGUGAUUAUAACGUUCAAUUAAUGGGUUUUAUUUGGGUUUAUUCCCGUACUUAGACAAUUUAUUUGAGUCGAGGGUUUUGAUCGGUGGGCAGUGGAAACUUAAAAGGAUUAGAGGGAGAGAUAGUCUCUUUGGCUCCCACCUCACGUCUGAGUUCUCGUGGAUUUCGAUUUUUAUUUCCUCCACCUGCAGUGUGUGUGUCAAUUUAUUAUUUGUCCAUCAAAUAGCAUAAUCAAGGCAGUCUGAUGUAUUGAAAAAAUAAUGUCUUGUAAUAACCGAUGAAUUUCAUACAGUGAAUAAAAUUGAGACUCAACUUGACUGAGAUGAAUAUUUUGUG